ACGGCUGCGAUGAUGACUAUUCGCAGCUUGUUUCCGCCGUCUCUCUCUCUCUCUCUGCACCCUCCAAUCUCAUCUGUCGACGGCCUGAGGACCGCCGGACGCGUUCAGUGCGUCAGCUGUGGAACUUUUUUGAAUUUUAGAUUCUAAAUCAUCAGGCAAAAGAUUUUAUUUUUUGCCCUUUCAAGGGAAAAAAAUGGAUUUCUCAUCCUCGACGCUUCUCUUGCGAAUUUGUGGGAGUUCAGGGCGGAAGAUAUUUAAUUUCCUGUUGCUUCUCCAAGUUAUUUGAUUUCUUGGACUUUGCUGAAAGGUUUAUUGUGAUUCACAAGUAUAUUUCUUCUGAUUGAUAUUGUUUUGUGACCUUCAUUUCUUUGGAGUGAUGAUUGUGAUUGCUUUCGUCGGGGAAGUUCGAAUGAAAGCUAAUAUUUUUCGCAUAUUAUUUGCUGAACAUACGAUUGACUUUGUUAGAAAGGACGAGUUUGAUCUGUUUUAGGAAAGUUAUUAUUUUGGCCAGUGGAUUUGAUGGUAUGAAGUUCUUUCGGCAGAUUCGUGGGAUAUUCUUAUCUCAGUCAUUUCUUAGUGUGAGAUCCUUUUGAGAAUAAGAUUAGUUGUGUGACUCCAAGAAGUCAGUGUUUUCUCGCCGGAGGAUAAAUACUAUGGCUUUCGCACGUUUCUCUAUCUGGAUUUGGGGCAGGAAGGAUCAUGAAUCCGCCAAUUCGACACUCGUACCUCCUGAAUUCCCUUCAGGAUUCAAGGAAGCAGCGGAUUACUCUAAUGUACACAGGACAAGGUCAAACUGGAGAAGAAAUAAGAAAAACUUGCAAAACCGCAAGGAAAGGCGGAUAGACAAGGAGUACGACAUCGUUCUUGUGCCCUCAGAUGGUGGAUGCAUGUCAGGGUCGGAGUCUGAUGAUUCUGAUUGGUCUAUUGGGUGGUCGGAACCUCAUGGACCUGAAUUUGGGAGCGAUUCAGAAGCAGAGAAAAGCUUCGCAGUUUUGGUGCGGUGUUAUGGUCGUGGACGCAAUGAGCAGGCAAAAAACUCCAGAACUCAUGUCCUGGGAGAAGUCAGUCAUAUGGAUGAUGAUCUAUCAGAUGGUAAUAAGCGUAUGGAGGAAUGGCUUUCUUCUCUUUGAAGCAUCUGACUGAAUACUAAUUGACAACUUGACCUAAUGAGGUGUGAGAAUAAACUUACAAAAAGAAAAAAAGAAUGCACAUGACAAAAAUUUUAAUGAGUAAUAAAAUUAUGAAGCAAUGGCGUUGUCUUGGUGCAUAAGUUACCGCUGGAUAACAUUUGCUUGGUGAUAUCUUGGAAGCUAACUGUUUCUUACAAAUUCAAGGAAGGUUAUUGAGAAGUUUAUUUGGUCUUGCGGCUUUACAACCUUCUGAAGGCUGAAAAUUCUCUGGGGCAAUGGGCAAAGUUAAUAAUUGUACAGUGCGGCUGGAUAACAUUGUUCCGUGCCAUAUUGAAACGGAAUGUGAUUUUUACAAUGGAUAAGGCAAUUAGAGAAGUUAAUAUAUGGGUCAUGACCUUCCGGAUGUUCAAACUAUUUUGUAGGGAAUGGUUCUUAUUAUUUCAUUAUUUUUUUUUUCUGUAAAUAUCACCUUAUUUUCGCCAUUGCCUGAUGUACAUAUUCUUGUAAAUAACGUGAACACCAUGUAAAUAUGGCAGUAUCGUUAAGAGAUUUUGUUGUAAAUAUUAUGCUUUAGAAAGGCAAGUUCCAAAACUAUUGUAACUGUACAAACAGGAAUCAUGUUCCUAUACAGUGUGCAGAUUUAUAUAAGUGACAAAUAAUUGUCAUCUGGCUGUCAUUA